AUGGAUAGCUAUAUUUGCACUAGCAACCAAAACAAUAACGCCAUAGCAGCAAAGCUGCAUAUAGAAGAUAUAAGGAAGCGCAAAUUCUUAAUCGGUGAGAGUCGUCCAAACCCAUUAACUGAAGAUCUUCAAAAUGCUGUGGCCAACCUCUCCUCCGAGCUCUAUACCAAAGAUGUCCAUUUCCUUAUGGAGCUUAUUCAGAAUGCUGAAGACAACGAGUAUUUAGCUGGAGUGAAGCCGACGCUAGAGUUUGUACUGACGACAGCUGAUAUAACAGGAAUCGGUGCACUAGCGACUCUAUUGGUGUUUAACAAUGAAGUUGGGUUCUCUAAAACCAACAUUGAUUCCCUUUGUGGCAUUGGAAGAUCCACCAAGAGGGGCCAGAGGCACCAAGGCUUCAUCGGAGAAAAGGGAAUAGGAUUCAAGAGCGUGUUUCUUGUCAGUGGACUGCCACACGUAUUUAGCAACGGAUACCAAAUCUGGUUCAGUGAAAUUCCAAAUCCUGAUUGUGCCAUUGGGUACAUUGUCCCAGAGUGGGUUUCCACAAACCCAACUUAUUCAGACAUCCGGGCCAUUUAUGGGUCUGGCAAGGCUCUGCCAAAUACUGUGAUUAUUCUCCCUUUAAAGCCUAAGAAAGUGGAAGCUGUGAAGAAACAACUAUCAGAAAUUCAUCCUGAAGUAUUGCUAUUUUUGAACAAAAUCAAGCGAUUGUCAAUACGAGAAACCAGCAGUAAAACUUGCAUUGCAGACUCUAUUUCUGCAGUUUCUAUCUCUACUGAGACUAACCUUGUCUCAUUAAAGACUCGGGGAGCAAACUGCCGUGUAGUCCAUCUUUCAGUUCAGGAGGAAGUGGAUGCGACCGAGACCACAUGCCCUUAUUAUGUAUGGAGACAAGGCUUCCCUGUAAAACCGAAUAAUAUGGUGGAUGCAAGGAAGGAUAUAAAAGAAUGGGUGAUAUCUCUGGCUUUUCCAUCUGGUGAGCGACUGAAGCGGGGGACUUCUUCCACUGGUGUUUUUGCCUUCCUACCUACUGCAAUGGUUACUAAUUUCCCAUUUAUAAUUCAGGGAGACUUCAUACUUUCAUCUUCUAGAGAAACCAUACUGUUGGAUAACAAGUGGAACUCUGGAAUCCUGGACCAAGUGCCUUGCUCCUUUUGCAGCGCUUUUACUGCUUUUAUGAAGUCCACAUUGACUGAAAAAUACUUUUCUGUUGCUCAAGAAGAGUGUAUUGUUCCUUAUGAGACAUUUGUUGAUGAGAAGAUAGUCUUUUGCAAGCCAACUAACGUGAUAAGAGUCCUUCCUGAGUUCAGGAAAAUCAUGCGGCGUAUUAAAGAACAUGGUGUCCUUUCCCAUGCCAUUUCUGCUCAGGGGAAGUUUGUGUUGCAUAAUUCAGUAGACUGCAAAGAAUAUGACGAUUCCUGCAACUUUCUCAAAGUUGCUCCUGCAGGUAUUUGUAAUGACUGGUAUGGAAAAUGCAUUCAAGAAUGCAACCUCACUUGUAGAGCUUCUACAGAAGAGUAUGUGGAUCUUCUUUGCUUUCUUGCUGAAAAAUGGAGAUUUAUUCCACUAAGGAGUGUCAAUAGCAUACCCCUUUUCAAACACAUUACUUGGAAUGGAGAAAUAAAGUCAUGUAGUUUACAAGCAAUUAAACAGGAACGUCUAAAGAUUCAUAUUGUCUGGGAGCCACAAGAACAUGCCUGGCUAAACAAAUGGAACCAAGUGAUGGGUUGCCCAUAUGACUGUUUCUUCUUCCCUGAUACCUUGGUGGCUGCUCUGGUAGGGUGUGAAAGACAAUACAACUUGAAGCAAUGGUUUAUCAAAGACGUGGGUUUGGUAGUCACUACUGUUUCUAAAUAUUGUUCACAACUUGGUUAUUUUCUUGGAAUAAAGAAAGACCCAAAACUCGUUGUCUUGUUUUCUCAUUUCAUGUAUCAUACAUGGUUAAGAAACUACAUUCGAGAGAGAGAGAUUUGUACUGUUUUUCAUUUCAUGCCAGUCGUGGAUGAAUGUGGAAAUGUGAUUUUGUGCAAGAAUACUCUUGUUCCGGCUUCCAGUAGCAAAUGGAUAAAACUGUUUGGAUCUAAUCCAUUUACGAAGGCUAAUUGCAAGUAUGUUGAACUUGGGGUGGUAUAUGCUGAAGCUGCCGAAUUUGCUGGAGAAUGCACUCCAGCAAAUGAACUAUUGCAAUUUUUCAAAAAGCAUGGAAAAACUUCUGAUUUGCCAGACAUAAUACCUCAGGACAUGGCGUUGCAAGUUGCUUCUAGUCAACUAACAUGUGAGGAGGCUUUAAUGCUUCUGGCCUGGAUCCAAAAUUUGAGAGCUAAGAAAUAUGGAUUACCUAUAAGGUUCGUCCAAAGCAUACGGAACGGGAAAUGGGUUAAAACAUCUUCAGGAUUUAAUACUCCUUCCCAGUGCUUUCUUUGUGAUGGAACUGAGGUAUCAACUCUCUUGGAGAUGGGAAGAACUCUAAAGGUUUUAUCAGAUAUUGAUGAAGCGUAUUAUAUGGACAGGAUAAGAGCUUAUAAAGAUGAGUUGAUUUUCUUUGGAAUGCGGAUUGGUUCUGACGAUAUGUAUCAGCUUUUCAGUGAUCACCUUAAGCAUCUUGCUUCCUCAUCAAUGAGCAAACCUUUUGCAAUUUUGCUGCUUAGAUUUAUAAAGUACUCAAAUCACCAAAAUAAACUUGAUGAAGACUUCUUAAAAUAUGUGAAAGCAGGGAAAUGGUUGAAGACAAACCAGGGGUAUUGGACUCCUCCAGGAACUGUCUGUCUGAUGCCUGAUAUGGUAGAUGGUUUUGUACAAAUUACAGAUCUGCAUGUUGUUGACAGAAGAUACUAUGAAAACCAACUUGAUUGUUAUGAGGAGGAGCUAAAGUUUCUGGGUGUUGUCAUCGAUCUGGAAGAUGUUUAUAAACAAAUACCAGAGCACUUUCAAUUUCCAAAAGAUCUUUCAAUUUUGACAAAAAGUAGUGUUUUUCUGUUACUUGGAUGCAUCCAGCAUUUGGGGCUUGCAGGUAACAAUUUUGUGCAGAAAAUUAAAGACCAACCCUGGAUGAAAACUAGCUCUGGUUUCAAAUGCCCUUCAGAGUCCCUUCUGCCAGGUCUUAAUUGGGACCACUUAUUGAAUAUUGUUCCUUUGCCUGUUGUUGAUGAAGAAUAUUAUGGAAGCAGAAUUGGUUCAUACAGAACUGAACUUGAGGCAAUUGGGGUGGUUGUAGAUAUAAAUGGAGCAUGUAAAAUGCUUUCCUUUACACUCAAGUCAACAUUCUCUUCAAGCAGUUUAACCAGCACCAAUGUGUUCUCCUUACUCAACUGCAUCAGGUGCAUGAACAAGAUAAUGCAGACCCAAUUACUUGAUAUAAUUAGCUGCUUGUCAGGGGAGAAGUGGUUGAAGACUUGUCAUGGCUAUAAAUCUGCCCCAGAAUCUAUUUUGUUUGAUCAGAAAUGGGGAACAGUCUCCAAGUUCGUGGACCUUCCUUUCAUUGAUGAGGCUUUCUACGGUCUCAGCAUCCACUCAUAUAAAUGUGAAUUGAAUAUGCUUGGCGUUGUGAUUAAUUUUAGUGAAGGGGCUCAUUUUGUUGCAAGAGGUCUCAAGUUGCCAAGAGAAACAGCAUCUUUAGCACCAGAGGGUGCUCUCUCACUGCUUCAGUGUGCCAUAUCCCUCAAAAAAAGUUGCAAGUCAACUGACCACUCUACAUUUAAGAUUUUGCUCGACAAAUUAACAGGAAGCAGAUGGCUAAAAACACACAUGGGCUACAGGUUCCCACAAGAAUGUCUCCUGUUCAAUCCAGAUUGGGAAUGUUAUUUAACACCAAAUGAUGGGCCUUUCAUUGAUGAGAAGUUCUAUGUAACUCUUAGUUCUCUGGAAAAAGAAGAUCUAAAAGCCAUAGGUGUGAAGGUGGAUAUUGAGGAAGCCUGCAAUCUUAUUUCCCAUGCUCUUACGUCUCAUGUUCAAACUUCUGCUGUCAGGAGAACCUACAGAUUCCUAUACAAAUUUAAUUGGAAUCCACGGAUGCAGGACACGCGUUCCUCUCAGUUAUGGAUCCCAGAUCAACAAAUGGGUAAAGGAAAAUGGGUGGAAAAUUGGCGUUGUGUACUCCAUGACCAGAAUAAUCUAUUUGACACUCGUCUGCAUGCUCUUGAUAAAUACUAUGAGAAGGAAUUGCUACCUUUUCUGUCAAGGGCUUUUAGGGUUUGCGAAGUUCCUUCACCAUAUGAUUUUUUAGAUAUCUGGAAUAUCUGGGAGGCUUCGCAUCAAGUUUCCACUGCUAAGCUAAGCUCCUUCUUCGGGCAAAUAUCAGAAAAUUGGGAAAACUGGGAUUCUGACGCUAGAAGUAUCCUCAAAAGACAGUGCACCAUGCUUCCAGCGGCCAAUACUUCAGGAGCAGUUCAGUUUGUGAUGAAAGAAGAAGUUUUUAUUGCUGAUGAUUUGCAGUUGAAAAAUUUAUUUAUUGAAGCUAGUGAAAAUCCACUGUUUGUAUGGUUCCCACCAAAGUGUUUGUCAUCUCCAGCUAAAUUGCUAGAAAUUUACACGAGUCUUGGUGUUCGAAAAAUAUCUGAAGCUGUGAAGUUUGACCUACAUUGUACUUUGUCUGCAAGUAAAAUUAUUGAUGAUACAGAUUCCCUGAUCGGGAAAGCUUUGAUCAAGUUGGUGUUGGCCUUUGCAAAUAUGCCAAUGGAAGAAAAACACAAGACUGCAAAAUCUCUCCUUGAACUCUCAGUUUAUGGCACGGAAGACCCAAUAUCAGUCCGGUAUGCCUUACAGUUACCUUUGCAGAAAAGGAGGCUAGAAGUAGAAAUUAAAAAAAUGGUGCUUUGGGAGAAGAACUCACAGAGACUGCUUGUCAAUAAAUCAACCUGGAAUGAAGGAAAGAAAGAUAUAAAAUUCAUUGCUUCUUUUGCACGAGCCAUCUUGGAAGCAGUUCUACCUAACAGUGCGGAUCAAAUGGACACACUUUGCAGAAUGAUCCAAAUGGGCAUGGCACUUGGGUUAGAGGAAGAUGCAGUGGACUACCUGCUAUGGACAGAGAAUUUGGAACUAUCUGUUGAGGACAAGGAAUUCCUUGAUCGUUCAUUUCCCUCUGGUAAGUCCUCUCCUGUUUUGGGCAAGCGCCUGUCUAUGUACCCCUUAUUGCCUUCAACUCCAAAUGGUUCAGCCUGUAGGAGGCGGCUUUGA